ACAGAAAGACAAAAUGUCGUUCUCGAAGGGGAUGAGUGCUGAAGACACCCGCCGAAACAACGAAGGCGUCUUGUCCCGUUGCGAGGAGGGAGACAUGCUACAGUUUUUCAGGGGCACGUUCUCUCACUGGGGCGUGUAUGAUGGACAUGGGAAAGUCAUCCACCGAGCAGGGGACGCGGACGACGGCCGCAGCGGCUUCUUGAGCUAUCCUCUGAGCCUCCUGUCUUUCUCCGGUGUGCGGACUGGCAAGGCACAGGUGAGGGAAGACAGCUUCUGGGACGUCGCUAAAGACAGCCUGGUCAGGAUCAACAACUACAAAGACCAGAACGGCCCCGUCCCGCCUGGGUCUGAGAUCGUGGAGAGGGCGCGGUCAAAACUGGGGGAGGAGGGCUACAACGUCCUGUGGAAAAACUGCGAGCACUUCGCCACCUGGUGCCGCUACGGCAAGGAACAGAGCCAACAGGCAGUCGUGGCCGGGUCGGUGGGCACUGGUCUGACCGUCGCCGGCUGGGCACCCGGCUCAGUAAAACUACUCGUCCUCAGUCUCAGCGCGCUGUUCGCCCUGCCGAUGUUCCAGAGCAGCAAGUCCUCCAAAUAA